CAGGGUUCCCUUACAUCAGAGGCUACUAUGUGGUCACCUGAGCAAGCUUAAUUGGAUAAUCAGCUUCAUAACGGGGGAGAUGAAAGCUUUUUGCAUUUUUUUAGCUUCUGAGAACUGAAUGUAAUCAAUUGUGUUUGGAGUCACUGGGCCAGGCAUGACAGGGCUGAGGAGGCUUGGAACACAAUGAAGAGAGAGGUUUGAGUUUGUUUGUAGCGGCAACAAUUAGGCAAAGUGUGUGUUUCAGAAGACUCAGAACAAGUUUAUGAUGAUGUGCAAUACUGUCCAAAACAGCAAGGUGAUAUUAGUAAGACCUGUUGACCUGUUGAUAUGAAGACCUCUAAGGGAACCAUGGAUAAUGUAAAAUCUUCUCCUUCCCCUGCUCGAUGGUUCAGAGUUUUAAAAAGAACAGUGUCUGGUGACUGUCAACAAAAGAAAUUUGUAACCCCCUCUCUGUGUGAGGAUGCCCUGCGGAAAUGCAGAGAAGCUUUCUCUUCUGGAAAGACAAGGCCUUGCUCAUUUAGGUCAUUGCAGCUGGAGGCAAUCUUAAACAUGCUGGACAAACAUGAGGAAGAGUUUAUUGGUGCACUGGAGCAGGACAUGCACAGGCCCAGAUUUGAAACCAUUUUAUCAGAAAUUAAUUCAGUGAAGAAUGAAGCACUUUAUGCAUUGAACAACCUAGAGAAGUGGACGCAACCUGUGCCAGGGCAGAAGAGCAUGAGUAACCUGCUAGACAGCUGUUUUAUUCAGAUGGAACCAGUUGGUGUAGUUUUGAUAAUUAGUGGCUGGAGUUUCCCAAUCCAGCUGUCCCUAAUCCCAUUGGUUGGCGCAGUGGCUGCAGGUAACUGUGUGGUUCUGCAGCCUUCAGGAACCUGCACCCACGCAGCAAACCUGCUGCAAAGACUAAUUCCCCUAUAUCUAGAUAACAGCUGUUACCAUGUUGCCUGUGGUGGGCAGAAUGAAUUGAUGAAGCUGCUAGAAAACAAGUUUGACCACAUCCUUUACACGGGUGACCGUUUAACUGGUAGAGCAGUGAUGCUAGCUGCAGCCAAAUACAUCACUCCUGUAUCUCUUGUUCUGGGUGGCAAGAAUCCCUGCUAUGUAGAUAAUUCAUGUGACAUUAAUAUGGCUGCCCGCAGAAUUGCUUGGGCUCGGUUUGUAAAUGCUGGACAGAGCUCCUUGGCUCCAGACUAUAUCCUUUGCCAGCCAGAAAUAAGAGAUACACUGAUCCAUGAACUGAGCAUUUGUGUGGAGGAGUUCUAUGGGAAGAACCCCCGAGAGUCCUCAAAUUAUGGGCGCCUGGCAAGUGUGGAGCUUUACCUUCAAGUCAAGGAUCUUCUGUCAUGUGGACAGGUGGCUUUUGGGGGAGAAACAGAUGAUAGUGAAAGAUACAUAGCCCCUACAGUACUGACUGAUGUGAAAGAAGCAGAUCCCAUCAUGCAGACUGAGAUUUUAGGGCCUGUUUUACCCAUUUUAACAGUAGAGAACCUUGAUGAAGCCAUACAAAUGAUAAACCGGAAGGAUAGACCUCUGGCUGUAUAUGUAUACUCGGAAAGCGAAAGGGUAAUAUCUGAUAUCUUGUGCAGAACAUCUAGUGGGAGUUUCUGUUCCAAUGACAGCAUGAUACAGAGCAUUUAUACAAGCAUGCCCUGCGGAAUUAUAGGAAACAGUGGCAUUGGAAUCUACAGGGGUAAACACUGCUUUGAAGCCUUUUCUCAGAGUCGUGCAUGUCUGCUUCGCAACACUGCUGUGGAAUGUGUAACUUACCUACGUUACCCACCAUAUGCUGAAAAGCCGCUUCGUCUCUUACUUUGGGCUUGCUCCAUCUCGAGGAAGAAAAGUUUGUGCCACAUUUUAUAAGACUUAUUAUUAAAAAAGCUUGACUUUCUCUGCCAGGAAGCGUUUAGCAACCCCCAAACCUAAUGACACAUUAGGUAUCUCCCACCCAGAAGUCUCACUCGUGGUAAGUGAAGACUGAUGAAAAAUGCAGUGCUUGUGAUGUUUUCUGCGUUUAAAACCAAGGUUUCUUAGGACUUAGAUGGUAAAAGUCUUGUGAAAGAAAGAGGACAAAAUGCUGGAUGGCCACAGUUUAGACCAAUUUUAAGUCUAGUAACAAAGUUUGGGUUCAGAAAACCCUUAUUGCAUCUAAAACCUAAACAAUGUCUCAACAUGAAGUAAUAGAGAUUCAACCAGUUCUUUUACAAAAAUUUCUAAAUUUCCUACAUAAUUGUCAAAUUAAUGUCUGUCCUUUUAUAGCAGAGGAUAGCUUCUAGCAGCUGAGAUCUGACGUUUGUUUUCUGUUCACCCUAAUACUAUAUGUAUAUAUAUAUUUUUUUUUUAUAAAUAAAAUAUUACAAUUUAUAUAAUAAACUAGCUGCACCCAC